AUGGCCAACAACUUUCGUUACGAGCCACUAGUUGGGUCAUACUCGACACGAGUAAUAACACUCUUGCCCAGCGCUUCAAGGGAAGACAGAGUUGAAGUUAGCCUUGAAGAAGUAGAUCUUGGAAGUUCGCCCUCAUACGAAGCAUUGUCAUAUGCAUGGGGAGAUCCCUCGCAGAAGGUCGCUCUCCAAUGCCAUGGGAAAGAUCUGUACGUCACACCAAACUGCGAAAGUGCACUGCGGCAUCUGCGGAAAGACAGCAGUGUUAGGACACUAUGGGUAGAUGCGAUUUGCAUCGAUCAAAGUUCAAUCGACGAUCGAAAUCAGCAGGUUCGCAUCAUGGGCGAUAUCUACUCGAAAGCAAGUCUGGUCCUUAUCUGGCUUGGACCUGCUGUUCCAGUCAACUCCGCUUUUUUCGGAUUCCUUAACGAAUUUGAGAAUCUAAGAAGCGUGGAUCAAGAGACUCAAACCCUCUUAUCAACAGAGUUAUAUCAGGCUCUCCAAACGAGUGUUCUAUUGGAGUCUUUCAAAGCCCUAUUUCAGCGGUCAUGGUUCCAACGUAUCUGGACUCUUCAAGAAGUAGCGUUGGCCAAAGAUUCCUUGGUCAUUUGUGGCGAUUCGAAAAUCUCCUGGUCGAUUCUUGUAUACGCCGUAGAUCAACUUAGGGCGGCGGAGAACAGUAUUGGUGUUUACGGAGACUUCUCUGUGUUCGACUCUGCCAUAUCUGCACACCAUGUCAUGGUACAGAGUCUUCUGCCAGGGCCUCAAAUCCGUUCGGCUGUGAACCCGAACCCGGAUCGGCCAGUCACGCGAAUCCUAGUAAUGUCUCUCCGCAGACGCGCCACCGAACCCAAAGAUCAUAUAUUUGGCUUGUACUCCAUACUUCAACGACUAGAUGCCAAUCUCCCUCCUCCGGACUAUGAACGAAGUAUCGACCAAAUAUUUACGGAAGCUGCGAGGCUAGCCAUUGAGAAAGAUAACAGUCUUUGGAUUCUUGAUUUCGUUGACGGUAUUGAAGAGAAGCAGCACUGGCCAUCAUGGGUACCAACUUGGAUCGACAUGCUGAUUCCAGGCCCCAUAGAAGUGAACGCAUUUAGUCCCGGUGCCGCUGGGGACUCUCGACCGCGAUACACAUUUUCAGAAGAUAGCAGACGUCUCACCCUUCGCGGCAAGAUCGUGGAUAGGAUCAUGAUAAAGGCUGGAAGGUCGCCAUGCUUUGGUGACCGGUACCAAUUGGAUCGGGAAGACAGGCUUAUAUUCGAUCUUCAGGAGAGAGAAAACUCCGUCAAAGCCUUCCAAGAGUGGAUAAUUUGUUUCCGCGCCUUCAAAAUGAUGGCUCAAAACACUCUAGCGAACAGAUACGGGGACGAUUCUCAGCAUGUCAUCGCCUUCAUCCGUGUAUUACUGCAAGACUUUACAGUUGUGCCCGAUAGCUUGAGGAAUAUUCCUGAACUGUUGCGCGGGUUCAGCAAUUGGCAACUUUAUCUCAGUGCCACGAAUCCUGGUUCGAGCAUGCCGAUGCCUCUACUCAUGGCUAGGCUCAAGCCACCGUCGUACGAUCCAUCCUCGCUACCUGAAUGGCUUAGUGAUCUCACCAAUACAAACGAAUGGAAUAUUUAUGAAGCUAUCCAGCAAGAUCCUUCAGCGGCACUGUUUCAUAAUCACGUCGCGCUUGGUACCCGCGCCAAGCUGUUUUUCGUAACAGAAAACGGAUAUUACGGUACCGCUUCAGCGACUAUCGAAUGCAACGACUACGUAGUCCUCGUCUCCGGUCUCCAGGUACCGCUGAUAGUAAGACCCACCGAAGGGAAAGCGGGUCAUUACAAGCUUUUUGGGCCAGCUUUCGUGAAUGGUAUGAUGAGUGGUGAGCUUUGGCCAGAAACAGAAGAGGAUUUAGUGGAUCUCACGAUAGUAUAACCACCCAAGACUUAUGCCAUUAUUCCCUCUAUCGAAUACAACUUUAGUAUGCCUGUGCGAUACCUUCCUGAGCGUAGUUCCUUACAGCACGAUAUCGGGUAAUAAGAGGGUAUGUUGUUUUAAAGGACUUGAGAUGAAUCGUUAUCAAGCUAUGAUAGCCAUUACCAUGUAUUUAUGCCCUGUGCUGAGUCAGGCCGGGCCGUUCUGGUCCAUGUC